AUGUCUGCCAACUGUGCCCCCAGACUCUCACAACUCAUAUGUGCAGCCACCCCUGACCUGGUUGAUGUGGAGAAGGCUGCACUUAAGGCAAGGUUUGUUGCUGCCUCUGCAGCUCUGGUUGCUGAGGCUAAGUGCCUCCUGGAUGACAAGGAGGAAUUGUGGGAGGAGAAGGUGAUGUGGAUGCAUAGAUGGGAACAGAAAACAGGGGAAGUGUUCCCCCUUGUUGAGCAUGGCAGCAACAGAGAAGAUGUUGCACAUCAAGGUGGUGUCCUGGCCAGUUUGGAAGAGAGCAAGGAUGAGGAUGAGCUGAAGAUUGUUGUCCCUCCUGGUUCGAUUCUUCACAAGGGUUGCAAGAAGUUGACCAAGGCCACAGGGAAGAAGGUGCAGGCAGGCACAUCAGUCACACAGUCUUCAAAGGCUGCAAAGGCUGGCCUGUCCAAGAGGGCUGCAGAUGAUGAUAAUGAUGAGGUGGAGGUAGUCAAGGGCCAUUCACACAUGAAGGGUAAGGCCCCAGUGCAAGGAGGGCUGGACAGCAAGGUUGCAGCCAACCUGUUGCAGUUUUUGUAG